CGGCAUUUUCUCCUUACUCCUCUUGUAUUAGUGCAUUCAUCGCCUACUUUGUCUAUAGCUCGUCUAGAAAGAAUUGUACACCUAUGGAUUAGAAAAGAAGCGCUAGCCAUAACGAAAACCUGGCAUAGCUGGCCAACGGUGCAGGUCCGCAAUUGAUAGUAGUGUUGGAGCUAUUUUCGUUCAUUUAAACUGCACGCAUCUAUACAUCCCGGCGAAAGUGCUUAGAGCUUCUUGCAUUUCAAGCCAUCAAAGCAUCGUUAUUAACUCUGACAGAGAUGGCCCGUCAUUUGAUGUCUGGGAAUGACUUCCACGGUGAUGCUCGCGGCGUCGAUAGAAUUGCAUCAGGCUCAAUUAAUGCUUCCCAUGUGGAUUCGGUGUUUUGCUCUGAUUCGAGGCCAAAAAACAUUCUCAAACCCCAGAGUGUCUCACAAGGGCCUAUAUUUCCGCGAAUCGUGACUAGAAGGCUGCUCGAUUUUAUCUCUCGUGAAACCCGUCACUCUUUACGCCUAACCUGCAGAUCUUGGUCUCGAACCAUUGACAAGGCAAUGCCCGUUUCUCGCCCUGCCGCAAAUAUUGUACCGGCUGAAAUUUUGCUGCAGAUAUUCUUCAUGUUGAGCCCUCGUGAUUUUGAUAAUGCUCGACGGACGUGCUCUCAAUGGAUGAAAGUGAGCCUAAAUGAGCGACUUCUGGAAAGUAUGCUCAGACGAGCGGGCUGGUGGAAUGCCUGGCAGCGGGACUGCCAGACCCAACGUUGUGAUUCAGAACACCACAAAGAGAGCACUAUGUGGAAGAUGAGCCGGCGUUUCGCCACAGAAUGUAUCCUAUCCGGUCGAAGGGUGAACGUGGAGAAGACCGGCUUCUUAACAACCGCAGUCGUUGACUUUACGAAACUAUCCCGAGGGCACAUUUUCACAGAGGCGUCAUCAUAUUCGUUUUCCACGAAUUCUAGCGGCCAUCAGGAUGGUAUCGCAGCCAUAUCUAAGUUCCGUGUCAGUGACUGUGGCAAUUAUUUACUAGUAACUACGGGAUGCAAAAUCUACGUUUAUCUUCUGCUUAGCCGGAACCAUGAGAACUCCCUCCCUUCAUCUGCGAAUAAAAACGCGGAUGUUGCGCCGAUUACACGCAUUGAUUGUCCUGCUGAAGUGAUGUCUGCUACGAUUGAUACUAGUACGCCCAGAUUUGUCAUUGCGGCGCUGCUCCAUAACCGUUCCGGGUUGAUGUGCAACUUAGUACCUUCUGGCGCUGCUCAACCAAAUACCUUCGAAUCCGCUGGUUUCACCUCUGAUAUAUUGGAUGGCUCUAUACAACCCAUGGAAAUUACUUCCCUUUCUUACUAUCAAGACAUAUGUUCUCCUGAAGACCUACCGCGCAGUGUGUCGGUCUGUCCCGGACGUCAAUGCGUGGCAUUCGGCUCUAGUUCUAGUAUUGAGCUACGUUGGAUUGAUAAAAAGACGAAACAAGAAAAUAAAAAACGUCUUGCUAUGUCGCAGCCAUCGGAAAUCCUGCAUUUCCUGCCUCAUCGAUCCGAGACGCAUACAGAGCUGCGGCUCAUCUCAUCCCUUGCUGGUCCGGGAUUGCCGGGUUGUAAAUGCCACAAUGUACAGCCUGGUGAACUGCGGUCGGCUUGCCCUUUCCAUCUUUUGGCCGAUAUCCAAUCUUUCGCUCAAUGGAGUUCUGGAGAAACUAGCGAUCUCGGGUUAGUGAGGGCGACUCAUUGCCACCACUACCGAGCUGUUCCUAUCAGCGAUGGCCUACAUUUCCUGUUCAUCGAACCGCGCACUAGUCUGCUUUGUAUAGGUUCCGAUGCUCCUUUCGGUGGUCCUACCAGUCUGACGAGGGCUCUUAUUUGUAUCCCGCCGUUUGGAAAACUCCCGUUGGAAGUUGCAAAAAAAGGAUUAGCGCCUACUAUCUUCGCAGCCGGUUCGGAUUUGAACUGGGGUCUGCGAGUGGUAGCUGCUUAUCGGGACCGGAUUGUCUUAUACUCCGUUCCACUGGAUGUCUUCAAUGUGGUUCGAAGGGAACGUGAAAGACAAGGAGAUAAUGUCAUGGGUGAUAGUGAUCUAGCACGAGACUGGUUUCUCGACAGCGAAAGGUCGCGAAAGGGUCAUGGAAGCCUCGCACCGAACCAGAACGGUGACUGGGAAUUCCUCCUUAGUGUGAGCUACAGGCCAACAGCUAUGAUGUGGCCAUUCAAAAUCUACGGAAAGGAGAUUGGGCGGAUGGACAACGUGGUCGAGUUGUCUCUGCAAACUGCCUACGGUGGUGCUCGAAUUUGGGCGUUCGGUGCAUCGGGUGAAAUGAACAUCUUUGACGUAGACACCUUCACGUCUAGCGCCCAGCAAUCCGCCGAUAUCCCGUACAAGUCGUCGUACAUUGGAGCCGAUGGCAGCGUCGCUUCAGUGGAGAUGGUCACGAGAAGUGAUACUAACUUGCCAUCUUCAUUAUCGUCGCACAAACGAAAGCAUAUCGAGACAUUAGAAGAUUUCGGUGGACAAAAGCCUACCACUUACCGAUUUCAUGAUGCGAUGCGUGAGGGAGAUAAUUCAUCUAGUUCCCAGAAUAUUCAUAAGACUAUGACUACCAAUGCAGCCACCAAACGGCGGAUAUCUUUCGCUGCGCGCAUUAUCGACUUCAGUAUCCCAGAAUCAGGCGACACAUUGGUAGAGAGCGAAUAUACUUAUGCUUAAAAGUAACUAGCACAAAUAUGUCUGUUUACUUUAGAAGGGAUGUAUAUAGUCAUCUCGAUUCAAUUUUGUGAAGACUGGUUUAAUUUGCUUCUUGGACUCUAUUUACACUUACUACUACACUGAUAGACAUAAGUGAUAGCUAUCAAUAUGCUUUAUGCUACUAUUAACGUUUAUGUUACGGAACACAAAUAUACUUACCCAUAGACAAUAUUGUUUUAA